CCGACCUCCAACCGACGACGGGAGCUUAGCAGCUGAUCUCCCGCUCCCACAAAAUUAUAUCGAAAUGAUGACCUUUUCUUACAAAGCGGUCCCCUUGUUCUUCUUCUUCACCAGCUUUUCUUCAAUUACAGUCUCGAUUCCUUCACAUUCACGACACCUUCAAAUUUCAAGAGAAUCUGAUACCAAAAAUUUUCAAAACUUGCUGCCUAUCAGCAAUGAAGAGCCAGCUGGAAGCAUAUUAAUUUCAGAAAGAAAUAAACCUGGAUUAAUAAAUGGUGACAGAGGCCAAGCCGAAAAAGUCGAAAAAAUUAGCGAUGAUGAAACUCGAUCAAAAAGAGACACUCGUUCGUCACAGAAGAGUGACAGCAGUGAAGAUGAUAGUAAUAAGAAAAAGCGAUCAAUUUCAGAUGAUUUGGAGUCUUGGGACGAAAGCAUUGGCACGGACUUUGGUGCUAAAAAUUUGGAAAGAACCCAAAUUCAAAAUUUUCAUCUUAGGAAUACCAGAUCUCUGAAAGAUGACGAUUAUAUCAGUCAAGUAUCCAAAUCAAGCGCACCGUGGAUGGCAUCUUUCGUUGAAGAUAUAACUUCGAGGACUAGACGAGAUAUCCACAACAACAGAGAUUCAAAACUGAGCACGAAUUACUUCAGAGAUUCGCAGGUGAAUCGAAGAGCCCAGAGAUCGGCUCCUGAGGAUCAUGGUGGUUCGGGCCGAAGAGAUUCAGAGACUCAAGAAGACUCUGAAUUCAAUCAAAGAAACUUGAAGAAAAGAAGCGUCGUUGUUGCAUCUAGAAUCCUCAGACAACAACAGAAACAACAACGAGAGCUUCAAAAAAUGCGGCCAGAUGCAUCGCAACAAGUGUCUUCUUACACAGCCUAUGAACUGAAACCUGCAGCCACAAAGCAUGAAGGCAGUGAGGGCAAAGGCCACAAGAGCGCGGGCCACAAGGCCGGUUUUGUGGCAUCUUCGGGCCACAAGUCUGGUGAAGGCCACAAGGCGGGCAAAGGCUUCGAUGAGAAUCAUAAAGGAUCCCACGCCUCCAAAGGCGCUUCGGGCCACUCCGGCAGCGGGGGAAAAAAGUAUUCGGGCGGUGACCACAAGAGUAGCAGCCACGGCCACUCGUCCUCGGCGGCGAAGGGAGCCAAAGGCCACUCCAGAGGCCACAAGGCGCACCACAGCAAAGGCGCCCACGCCGACGGUUUCAAAGCCGAGAAGAACAAGCAGGAGUCUGGCGGUAAGAAAAGCUUCUACGACGACAGCGACCACAAAGGCUACCACAGCAAGUACGAUCAUUACGACUCAUACCACGAGAGCACCGCCGGGGGCACUGAAGAGAAGGGCAGCCAUGCGUCUUUGAAAAAACACGACGCCCACGGCGAGAAAGGCCACCACGAGAGCGCUGACAAGUCUGAGCACAAAGCUGACCAUGCCGACAAACAUGCCCACAAAGACAAGGCAGCGCACACUGAAACAUCUGAAAAAACUGCUUCAAACGAUGCCAAACAUGUGAGCAAACACUGAAUAUUAACGAGAAUGUGAAACAUAACAUCUACGAAAAAGUGUCAGGCAACCAUUGAAGAAAGUUUGCAAGGCAGGAGCUGGUUAAAGAAAGCGUUUCUUCAAAAACAAUUUCAAGACCAUCACAGACUUAUUUGAGUUUAUGUUUUUCACAAAGCCGAUCAUCUGAUAUUCCGAGAACUUAUUGUACUCGAAAUACCAUAAUUAGUUACAUGAUUGACAAGAGAUAACUUUAAAAAAUAAAUCUAUAAUAGUAGAUAUCGAUGUCUCGACAAACCCGCUAAAAUAACUAAUGACAAAUGUUCAAAUUUUCAAAUAAUGAAUAGAUACUAGAUUCAAUAGCCACCUUUGUUUUAAAUCACCAAGAGUUUCAUGAGUUCAUGUUUGAUUACUGACCGAUCACAAGCUAUAUUCUAACGAAUCAUAGAAAAUUAGUCUAAAUUCUUGUGUUCAAUUUUUUUCGAUUUACAAUAACUCGGCAUUCAAUUAUAAGGUUUAAAAUCAACUUUUGCUUCAAUAAGAAAGGUUCAUAAAUGAGAUUUUUUGCAUUUCAUAUGAAAUUUUUAGGUUUUGAAAAUUUUAAAUUAAAGUAAACUGUGAAUAACAAAAAAGGUGUUUCAAGUUCGAAUAAAAGAAACUUCGAAGUUUCACAACAAUCAUUCAAAUAAUUCGAAUUUUUCAUCUUAUAUUAAAUACACUACUUGUGAAUACGGUUCUGAAACAAUACCAUUUUAAUGAAAAUGUUCAAAUGAAUAUUAUAAUAUUUCCUUGCCGAACAAUCAAAGAUUAUUGGGAACGAACAUCCUUGGCAUUUACUAUAAACUUUCAUAUAUAAAGAUAAUUUACGAUGAAAAAGGUUAUUGUAAACCGAAUGACGUUUUUUUAAAGAAACAGCUUUAGUUUCAUUAGUACAAACGUGACAAGAAAUGAAAAAUCAAAACAGAAUAUCAAACUUGAGAUAAAAAAAUUAAAUUAACUUUUAUUUCCUCUGAAAAUCGGUCAAGAAAAUUGGAAUUUAAUCAUUCAAUUUCUUUUAAAGGCUACCACACCCCAUCUUCUUGUUAAAAAAACACAAGAUAAGUCAUUUAAUUUUCGAUUUCGGUGUGACAAUAAUAAUCAUUAAUUGGGUAUUUCCUUCAUCUGUCCCAACUCGGCUCCCAAGAUUACAUCAACUGUUUACAUCCGUCCCAUAUGAUUGCAGUGUACGAAAUAAAUUUCUAUAGAUAAGCUGAUUACAUUGUGCGUUAACAAUUCUAUGGCCCCGACUUGGUACAUGUAAUUGUUCCUACCUCAUCUUGUUACCUUAAUCUUGUCCUUCCUUUGUUUUUGCCUGUUCUUGUUGAAACGAAAAAUCGAUCGAUACGAAAAAUUUCGACUGCCAA